CUCCUCCCUGUUUUACUUCCUUUCUACACCCUCUUCUAGAACUCACACACACCCGUUGCUCCUUUUCCUGAACUCGGUUUCUUCUGGUCUCUAAGAAAAUACAACAUCCAACCUCACUGACCUGUCAUUCCUGUAGGGAACUAAGAAUAUGAAUAAGACAGGAGAAGCCGCAUUGGAUGACUCGGAAACGGAGGAAUAUCUGGAGGAUUUGGAGGCUAUAGAAGCUUUGGAAGCCUUUGAGGCUCUUGAAUCUGCUCCACCCUAUCCAGGUCUUCCAGUCGAUUACGGAGGAAAAGAUGUGUCCCAUAACCCAGGUUACCACUCAUCUCCAUAUCCCAAUAUUAAUAUUGGAUACAGCUCGUACCCAGAGCCCGGAGCCAAUCCAAACUAUCAGGGAGGUCCACACCAAGGGAUAUACCCUCAAUUUAACAGCCCAAACCCUGGGAUGUACCCUCAAGCUACCACCGUAACAACCACAGUGAUGCUGCCUAGCCUGCGUGAAUUACCUGGUCAGACCAUGUGCCCUCACUGUAAGCACCAGGUGAUCACUAUAACGGAUCACUACUCCGGACUCAUGACCUGGAUGGCCUGCGGCUGCCUUGCCCUCAUUGGGUGCUGGCCGUGCUGUCUAGCCCCUUUCUGGAUGGAUUCUUGUAAAGAUGUUGAGCAUCGCUGCCCAAACUGCAACAACAUCUUGUCAUUCUACAAGCGCAUGUGAUCUGGAUGCAAACAUGUCCCACAUGGUCUUUGAAUUUAAUGGGAUCUAAUGGGUAUGAGAAAAAGGGAUAUGUCAGAAUUUAAUUUCACAUUAGUUUCCAGCCUACAAUGCUACAAUGUUCACAUUGUAUAAAAUAUUUAAGAUAUUUACAAAUAUAAAUAUCGUACGAAAUAGAAUAUUUAAUAACCGCUUUAAAGCUUUACAUUCAACUUCUGUUAGAACUCUGCCUGUAACACAGUUGUCUUUUAGUGUUUUGUAAUUUUAAUGUAUCUUAAGUAUGAACUUUUAAAGUAAAUAAGUGAACUAACAG